ACUUUAUUGGUUUUGCUAAGAACUGCCCAACUGUUUCCACCGCAUAUUAAAUUAUUUUUGUAUACAUCAUCAUAAUCAUUUGUGGUACCAACAAAGAAGCAAUACAAUACCAAAUGGUUACAUCCGUCUAUCUGCCACCAAUAAGUGCUCCUGUCAGUCAGCCAAAGCAGCAGUGGUCAACUAGGCGUUUGAAUGGACGCCAAUGUUCCAUUGCAUUGCACAAAGUGCGCGGCGGAGUAAGUGGAGCAGGAAAAUGGUGCUGCUCAACCAGUUAUGGCCGCAAUUUCGAAGGAAAAUACAAUUGAACUUUACGACUUGUGCGCCUAUGACAACAAUUGGCAUUACUUUCCUCCAAAGUCCCAAAGACCCAUAUCUAUCAACUUGCCAGUAUGCGUAGAUCAAUCAAGCCAAAUCAAGCGUGUUGUACAAAUAAAAUACUCACACACACACACAAGCAGGCAUGCUGGUGAUAGUGCGGCGUUUAAGUUUAGUUCGGUAAUUAAAAGCCAAAUGCUCAUAAAACGAAAAUUUAUUAGCAUUGUCUAAGCGAGUGUGUGUUUGUCGAGCACACACAGCCGUGUCACUCGACACUGUGCGUGUGUAAUACAGUUGCACAUGAAAGAGGCGUGGCAGGGGGCAAAUGGGGGCAGGGGGGAGUGGCAUAAACGGCGACUGCGACAUGUGGGUGUUGAAAUCCCUAUGGAUUUUUAAUGUGCUUAAUUUGAGUGACAGCUCCAAAAUGGGCACGAUCGAUUUCUGCGCGUCAACACCUCCUGCCACGCCCCCUUUCAACUGAAUGUCAUUGUCCACCGACACACAUACACGCACACGGAAAUGACUCCAUUUGGCCAUAAUUGGGAAUAGAUUGUGAAAUUUAUGAUUUAAGUUAUAUGGUUUAUUAAAAAGGGUUUCCUGCUACUUUCUAAUGACUUGAAAUCUCUAUAAACAAUGAUAGCAAGUUGCAAAGAAGUUCAUGAAAAUAAUAAUAUUUUCUAAAUAUCAUAGAUGACAGAGUGCUAUUUAAUGUUUUGCAGUAAACUUAAAAAUUAUGGAACUAAGAAAUAUUUGUACAAUUGGGGGAUUCGGAGGGGUGACAUUUGUACGGUGAAAAAAUGUUUACAGCACAUCUUAUUCAUAACUUUUAAAAUCUACAAAUGUAUAUUCAAUAGACAACAAUCACUUGUUCUCCGCGAUGGUGUUUUUCCGUUAUCAAUUUAAUACACACCAUUUUUUUACCAUCUGAUUGUGAAACCAAUGUCCCCACGAAAUACUCCUAAUUCCGCACUGAGCCCAGUUCAUCUCAUCUAAUUCCUGGCUGCUCAUUCGACCGAGUGUCGCACGGUCCUUAGAACGAAUCCUGCUGACAAGCUCAAAGAAAAUGCAUAAUUAAUACGUUUUCCAACGAGAAGUACACAAAAAAUGAAAUACAAGUGGGGAGGAACGAAAUUAACGCGAACGACUUGUACAGUGAGCCCUCUGAGUACACAACGCAACAGCCAGCAGCGCGGCACGCACACCCACACAAGCGAGCACAAAAGCACAAACGCGCUGGCAAAUUAGCCAAAUGCGUUAUUUGGCCCACAAGCAUUUCAGUUUCAGUCGCUCACGGAACGUCCUGGCGUUUGGCCGCAAAAGCCCAGGCAGAAACCAAAGUCAAAAAAGUCCAAAAAGCCAAGAGCCCAGGGCCAGAAGUCGAAAUCCAAAAGCCAAAAACCAAAAGCCAAAAGGUCGGGGAAAUCCGUGGCAAACGUGAUGUAGGAGCUCGAAACGCUAAAUUGAACUAUAAAAGUGUUAUUUUUGACCGCAAAAUUAUGUGUUUUAUGGAAUGAACACACCUAAUAAACGAUUUCUCAUUAAGUGUUAAUCCCGCUGGCUUAUCGGUUCAAUCUAUUUAUAAAAUCAAUUCAAACUUAAGAAGGCGCAUAUCUCACCGAUGCUGGGUAGAAUCAAUUUGUUCAUGUCGCCUUCAGUGAGAAUAAAGUCCACCCCAAGAGCCUAAGUUACCCGCCGGCAUGGCGGCGUUGGAACAUCCGGAUGUCAUGCUGCCGUACUCCAAACUGCUGUCAACAGCGCUGACUGUGGCCAGUGGAAACCCGAACUCCUCGGAUGCCACUUUGCUGUCCAUCCAGGCCACUGCGGCACCAGCUGGCGAAGUGAUGGCCACCGGAGCCGAGAAGGUGGGUGUGCCCUCGAUGAACUCCUACCUGGUGAGCAUGGCGUGGCCAAAGUCGCUGGCGGUGGCCGUCUUCCUGGUCAUCAUCCUGGUCACCGUGGUGGGCAACACACUUGUCAUCCUCGCCGUCCUGACCACUCGCCGCCUGCGCACGGUCACCAACUGCUUCGUGAUGAACUUGGCCAUCACCGACUGGCUGGUCGGGACCUGCGUGAUGCCUCCAUCGGUGGUUCUCUACAUAACAGGCACCUGGCGCUUUGGCUGGAUACUGUGCGACAUUUGGAUCUCGCUGGACAUCCUGCUCUGCACCGGCUCCAUCCUCAGCCUUUGCGCCAUCAGCCUGGACAGGUAUCUCGCCGUCACACAGCCACUGACGUACUCCAAGAAGCGCCGCUCCAAGCGACUGGCCCUCCUCAUGAUUCUCGUCGUGUGGAUAACGGCCCUGUCAAUCACAUGUCCACCCUAUUUGGGCUGGUACGAGGCUGGGCGGCACCAGGCGGAGUUCGUGGACUGUCGCUACAACCAAAACAAGGGCUACGUGGUCUUCUCGGCGAUGGGAUCGUUCUUCAUCCCCCUCACCGUGAUGCUUUACGUCUACGUUAAGAUUGGUUAUGUCCUCACGUCGCGGCGACAGCGCAUUGUGCGCGAUGCGCACUCGGAGCGCACGGCGGACUACGAUGUGGAUGGGGACAACUUCAUCUCGGAGUCGGAGCACUAUCAUUGCACGCCAACCAAGUGGCUGCCGAACAGGAGGUCUCGCUGGAGGUUCAACUCCCUGCACGACCCACCCGGCGCCACCACGAAUGCAGCCAAAGGACACCAGUCGUCCGUCAAGUGUUCCAAGUGCUCCUCUGCCUCUAGAACUGUAGAUGGAACUGGACCUGGAGCUGAAGUGGCGGACAAAACGCUAACGUUCAAACACCAGCCCACCUUCUACGAGCUGGUCGAGGUGUCGCGUCUCUCGUCGCUCAUUCACUGCUCGGCAAUUAGCUGCAAGUAUGGAGGACCCUGCAUGCACUCCACGCCCUCGGGCAUGCACUACGUGGGCACGGACGCCUCCUUCUCGGACACCUGCCUGGGUGGCAAUGCGAGUAACACCAGCACCUCCAACACCGCCGCACUGGACAGCAACGAGAAACUGGAGGCGGAGGCCCAGCAAAAGCAGAAGCAGCAGCGAUCCUCCUUCGACCACCAUCACCCACAUCCACACCACAUUGGCUCCCAGAGCCAUCACACCCAUCCCAACCAUCACCACCGCAUACCAAUGCGAGUUUCGACCACGAAACGUGAUAGCAAGACCGCCAAGACCCUGACUAUUGUGAUGGGCGGCCUAAUUGCUUGCUGGCUGCCCUUCUUCGUCUAUUAUCUGCUGAUUCCCUUCCUGCCGCGACCCGCCGUCCUCGAGGACCUCAUGUUCGGCUUCACCUGGAUUGGCUGGGUCAACUGCGCCAUCAACCCGUUCAUCUACGCCUUCUACAAUCCGGACUUUCGCACUGCCUUCUGGCGGCUCACUUGUCGCCCCAUUUGCAAGCAAAAGCGUCCUCCCAACCACCUGGCCAUGUUCCGUGGCUAGUUUCCGGAUGCAGAUGCAGACGCGGAUACGGAUACGGAUUCAGAACCGGCUUCCGAAUCACUGAACACUUAAGUGUGUGUCAUAGUCGCAGUCCCCAGUCGCACAAUCGACGCUCACUUGGGGGUGGUGGGGGAAAUAUCUCAGGCAUAUCCUUAGCUUUUCGCAGUACUGGUUCAUCGACUUCUUUGUUUUCACCUUACAAAAACAGAUUUGUGCUAAUAAGUGGGGGGAACUACUUACGCACAUGUUAAUCUUUUUGAAAAACAGAACAAGUAGUGCCAAUGCAAGGGCAUCUAAUUCACUCUAGACUAGAGUGCAGAUAGUACAUAAAAUUGAAUUUUAAAAGUACAACUAUUUAUACCCCUUAUUUGUACUCUUCACGUUAGAGGAACUCAUUGUUACAUAUAAUUAAAUCUAUUCAAGAUGAUGAAUUUAAUUCACGCUUUAUACCCAUAAAAACAGAAAAUAUAGAAAAUAGUUUAAGGCACAUUACCAAAAGUUACCACGCAUGUCCCUCCAGAAAUUGAAACUAAUAUUUUAGGAAACAAAGCCAAUGCAGCGACCUUUUAGCCAACUCCUGGCAACUACCUCACCAAAUGAGUAUUCAUUUGCAAGGCACUAAGCUGUUUGCCGCACUCUAUCCAUCCUUUAUGCCAAACGCAGCUAGUAAAACUUAGAUACUUACGGUCAAUAUUGAUUUUAGCAAAGAUUGCCUUUUUAAACCCCAAAAUGGACUGCCUUUUCAAGCUUUGCAAGUCGUACUUCGAGCAGUAUCUUAAAGGUCACUUUACGGGCGCCAUUUUUCGCAAGACUCAUUGGACUUGUCCGGAAGUUAAGAUUCUUGCCAGAUCCAAAUCCUAUAUGAGUAUAUAGUAUUUUCCAGAGUAAGCGUUGAUUGUGCGAGGCGAGCGGACCGAAGCGAAACGAAACAAAAGACAAAUUAUAGUAUUUGCGAGUCUUUGUUGCCCGACGGCAACUGUUGACCAUUGGGAUGAGUAGGAUGAUGAUGGUGAUGUUGGUGAUGUCCUCAUCCUUAUGCCUUUGUUGUGUGCGUCUAGUUUGUCUGUAUAGUGGUGAGCUGCCAACGACAUGUCUGGCGAAUCCUUUGUUGGCCAAGUCCGGUCAAGCCCGGCCUAACCCCGCAGGCACGGUACACUGUGUGUCCAGCGUCCACUGUCCAGUUUCUGGUGUCCACUGUCCAGUCCAAUCCGGCCAACCCAUUUAAUGUUUAAGCAAUCGCACACGGCACUCCGUGCUCCGUGCUCCUCGACGGGCGAAAGUGAAACUGUAACUAAAACUAGGCCGGAUUUCAAACUGCACUUGAGCCUGCCGGGAGUUUAGAUGGCCUCUGGAAACCCCUUUGUGCGCGCACUAGGAUCGUUAAGCGUUUUAGCCCAACUAAUUUGUAUAGUUGUAUUAUACAUAUGCCAUACCCAUUAUAUAGUACUUGUGACCGUGUGUGACUCUGCUUAACUAUGUGUACUUGAUAAAUGUUCACCUGGAAUGGAUCUCUGUAAGGAACCUAUCGGCCAGCCGAAAGAGUUCCUAACUAAUAAACUUUAAGUUCAA